CAGAGAGGUGGAAUGUCAUAUUUCAGGAUUGUGCCGAUGUAGUUUAUUUCCUGGUCUCUCAAAACCCAGUCCUCACUGACUUACCUCUCAGAAAGCAGGAAACAAAGUUUAGUGUUGUCACACCUGUGUCUGUAAUAAUCUUCACCAAGCAGCACUGAGUUGAACCCAGUGCCGGUCCAACCACAUUUGGUGCCCAAGGCAAGGUUUACCUACACCGCCCCAAGACCCUGAGACUCGACGCUCUGCUCACACUGAGAGGAGAGAGACAAACUGCUACAGGAGGAAUACUAUCAUCAACAGAGACCGCACUGCUGACUGAGAGCGCACUGCUGACUGUAUAAGUGAGUUUACUAAAUACAACUCAAAAGUAAUCUCCACACUACGUUCUACGGGAGGGUGUGACUGGGUGAGUAAAUGGCGUCCAGCUUGUUUUGCCCCGAAGAGGAUCUCUCCUGUCCUGUGUGUCGUGACAUCUUUACAGACCCUGUCCUCCUGCGAUGUAGCCACAGCUUCUGUAAAGCCUGUCUGCAGGAAUACUGGAAACACAAAGAAUCACUGGAAUGUCCAGUCUGUAGGAGAAGAUCUUCUAAACUAGAGUCACCAUGUAACCUGGUCCUGAAGAACCUGUGUGAGUCCUUCUUACAGGAGAGAGGUCAGAGAGCUUCAGCAGGGUCUGAGGUGCUGUGCAGUCUGCACAGGGAGAAACUCAAGCUCUACUGUCUGCAGGAUAAACAAAUAGUGUGUUUGGUGUGUCAGAACAGACAACACAAAAACCAUGACUGCAGACCCAUAGAUGAAGCUGCACAGGAUCACAAGGAGGAACUCCAGUCUGCUCUGAAGUCCUUAAAGAUGAAGCUGGAGGUCUUUUAUGAAGUGAAAAAAAACUGUGAUCAAACAGCAGGACACAUUAAGAUCCAGACCCAGCACACAGAGUGGCAGAUUAAGGAGGAGUUUCAGAAGCUUCACCAGUUUCUACAAGAGGAAGAGGAGGCCAGGAUAGCUGUACUGAGGGAGGAGGAGAAGCAGAAGAGUCAGGUGAUGAAGGAGGAGAUUGAGGGGCUGAGCACAGAGAUAUUAACACUUUCACACACAAUCAGAGCCAUAGAGGAGGAGCUGAGAGCUGAAGACAUCUCAUUCCUGCAGAACUACAAGGACACAGUGAAAAGAGCCCAGUCCACUCUGCCAGAUCCACAGCUGGUCUCAGGAGUGCUGAUAGACUUGGCCAAACACCUGGGCAACCUGACCUUCAGAGUCUGGGAGAAGAUGCAGGACGUUGUCACAUACACUCCUGUGACUCUGGACCCCAACACUGCCCACCCAGACCUCAUCCUGUCUCAGGAUCUGACCAGUGUGAGAUGGAGUUAUGAGGGACAACAGCUUCCUGACAAUCCAGUGAGGUUUGAUAAUGUUGGAUUGGUCCUGGGUUCUGAGGGCUUUAACUCAGGGACACACAGCUGGGAUGUUGAGGUGGGAGACAGUAAAUGCUGGCUCCUGGGUGUGUUAGCAGAGUCUGUCCAGAGGAAGGGAGACAUAGAGGAUGGAUACUGGGGAAUCUGGUUAAACAAUGGUACAUACAUAGCACACUCCUCCUUAGAGGCAGGAACUGCUCUCACAGUGAGACAGAACCCCCAGAGGAUCAGAGUGCAGCUGGACUGGAACAGAGGAAAGCUGUCAUUCUCUGACCCUGAUAGAAACGCACACCUGCACACAUUCACACACACCUUCACUGAGCGAGUCUUUCCAUACAUUGGUACUAACUGCACUCUCCAGUCUAUGAGGAUCUUACCAGUGAAGGCUUCUGUAACAGUAUAACAGCACAGUCAUUGUAGAUGGUACCACCUCUCUCUGUAACAGUAGAACAGCACUGUCAUUAGAGAUGGUACCACCUCUCUCUGUAACAGUAGAACAGCAUUGUCAUUAGAGAUGGUACCACCUCUCUCUGUAACAGUAGAACAGCACAGUCAUUAGAGAUGGUACCACCUCUCUCUGUAACAGUAGAACAGCACAGUCAUUAGAGAUGGUACCACCUCUCUCUGUAACAGUAGAACAGCAUUGUCAUUAGAGAUGGUACCACCUCUCUCUGUAACAGUAGAACAGCAUAUUGGGUGUUUACAACCUUCCUGUCAUGAAGACCACCAGCCUCUAACAUGAACAUCCAGGUGCACAGAACAAAGAUCAACAUGAGAAUCAGACGUAUGAGUGAAUUAUAGGUAGCGUUGUGUUCUUAAUACAUUAUCUGAAGUAAUUUUGCUUUGUGGUAAAAAUCUAAUGCUUGUACAUUUAAAUUUGUGUAAUUUUUUAAUUUUCUAAUUUUCUAAAUCAAAUGCUUAGUCGGCUCAGAAUCAGAAUCCAGUUCACACAAAGAAGGCAAUUGACCGUUCCCCAAGCCACGCCCCCUUAGUUAUUGUUGCUACGUCCGACACAAUUCCCGGAACUGUCAACCCAAAAGCCAUGGCGAGUACGAGGAUAAGCGCUACAGCUGUCAGUGUGAGUGAGGAUUUUUUGAGUAAUACCUCUCUGACGAGGGCCGUUCUAGGGAGGAGUUUUUUCCUUUGGAUGGUUGGUGCAGAACAAACAACAUAGUAACUUUCUGUAUUACUCUAUUUGUGUACAUUUGAACAUGAAUCUUGACUUUAUUCAGCUAUAAUGUCUUUGUUUCUAAUAAAAUAUUAUGACCUGUAACAUGAUGUGUUGCAGUGUGGUUCAUCUCUCCUGCGCUUCAGUUUAAUUCAUGUAAUUCUCUACUCCACCAGUAGUGCACAUGCAGCACAGCAGAUUCUUCCUCCAGUAAACUCUCUAACCUCAUCGAACCAGUUUAGAGACAGUACAUAUCUCCUCUGUUUAUCAAACAUCACAUUCAAAACUCUUAAAAGUGGGCAUUUUUACACAAUUUUAUUUCAAUAAAGCAAAUCACAACAACAGAAAUCAGCGGUAUAAAAAAAUGACUUGUUGACAUGUGGAGAUGGGGAGGGUGGAGACAGGAGAGGAGCUUGGUCCUAAAACAGCUGACCUGUCCUCCCAGACUCCACUGGAGGACCAGGGGGGGAGGGGGUCUGGGGGAGGGAGAUCUGGUAGAAGCGCCAGGGUGGAGCUAGCAGCUCUCUGUAGCAGGUGUUUAGGGUAGGGUGGAGCUAUCAGGUCUCUGUAGGUGUUUAGCUUUAGCUUGGUAGUACAGCUGCAGACAGGUCCCAGGAUGGUGAGCAGGGU